AUGAGUCCCCGAAAAGGCCGAGAGAUGGCCUUUCACGUUUUCCGUGAAGUUGUCACGAGGCGGGGUUGGGGUGCGCGCGCAGGUUAUAUAACGGCGGCGGGGCUGGUGGGACGGGGGGCGCGGGGCGAUCGAUGCGCGGCCGGGGGGGAGUCCACGGCAGUCGAGCGGCGAGCGAGCGACAUGGCGGCGCGCCCACCCCGCGCGGCGGCCCCGCGGCCCGGGCCGCGCGAGUAG